AUGAUUUCGAUGCAGCGAAUAUUCUUAGCAGUGCUCCUGAUCAUCACGCAACCUAUCUUUUGUAACUCGUUCAGCAGCAAUCAUUUCCGACCUCUACAAUGUGGCCGGGCGGCUUUGAGAGUGAAGGCUGAUUUUGAAUCACUUGUUCAGCCGAAAAGUUCAACAAGAUUCGCUUCCUCCACUGCUCUUCGUUCCGUGUACGCUUUCUCUGGUGUCGAUGAAGGUGUCGAUGAAAAAGUCGGGAAAUUUCGACCAGGUCCCAGGAUCUCGAUUGGAUCAUUGAAACUGAAUUGGUAUGGCGUAAUUUGGGGUAUCAUUGGUGUCUCAUUAGGCAUCGUUUGGUGGUUGAGCCUCGCAGCCUACCAGGCAUUUCAAUUCCUUACCCGUCAAAAAUUUGAUCCCCAACGGCGCAUUCCAGUGGAACUAGGUCAUCUUUGGGGAACAGUCGUACUCAGGCUGACAAACUGUUAUCCUGUAGUUAUUGGCAAACAGAAUUUGAAAGCAAUUCACAAACGAGACAAGGAGACAAAGAAGAAAACGACUGUGAUGUUUGUCGCAAAUCAUGCUUCGUGGAUGGAUAUCUACUAUGUUGGGGUUUCACUUGGAUGGAAAAACUACAAGAUGGUAGCAAAAUCAGAACUUUUAAAGGUCCCUUUCCUUUCCAAGAGCUUACGAGUUGCCAAGCACAUCAUUCUCGAUCGAACAAACUUGAAAUCACAAUUGCAAACGUAUAAAACUGGAGUCAAAUAUCUGAAGGAUGGGGUUAAUCUAGUAACAUUUGCCGAGGGGACAAGAAGUGACAAUGGCAGACUGGGUCCAUUCAAGAAGGGAGCGUUUCGUAUGGCCACAGCCACUGGUGCUUGUAUUGUCCCCAUUUCAAUCUCUUAUGCGCACAAAGUGCAUCCAAAGGACUACAUAUUGCCCGUACGAAUGGGACGGCGUAUUCCUGCAUCAAUCCAUAUCGGAGAACCGAUUGAAACCGAAGGCAAGUCAGAAGAUGAAUUGGCGGAAAAUGUCUGGUGCCAGAUUGCCGAAAACCUUCCAGAAUCACAAAAGCCAUUGGUAGGAACUCCAAGAUCAGUGAAGUAG